AUGAGAAAUGUAAAGGGUUCGCGUGGACGACGAAGCAUCAACACAGAUCAAAGUUCAACAAUUGAAUCUGGAGUUGGAAAUGACGCUAUUAAAGAACUUUCAGGUUUAAGGGAUACAUUAAUGGGCUUCGAGAGAAACAUUCGAGCUCCAAAAGGAUUUUUUGGGAUGCGAGGUAAAAAAGAUUACAACCAACAGUUUGCAGAGAAACGAGCUCUCUUUGGAAUUCAACAGAAUUUGAAUGGUCUUCGUGAACGUACACGCUUCGUUGAACCGCAAACUGGCGAGAAUGAUGGUUAUCCAUAUCCCAAACGUGCACCAGCCCAAGGAUUCUUCGGCAUGAGAGGAAAGAAAUUUGGUGAUUACGAUUUAAGCGGAAGUCUUAACGAUAAACGAGCACCGAAAGGUUUCAUGGGGAUGCGCGGUAAGAAAAGCUUUGGCGACGAUGAAGACAUUGACGAUCCACAAGUAUUUGACUACAACUACAACAGCAUUUAUGAGCAAAAUGAGAAACGUGCACCAACCAAUGCUUUCAUGGGAAUGCGAGGCAAGAGAUCAUUGAGUGAUGAUAAGUCACCAUUUAAUCUGAUGUUACGUUAAUCCAAUGAUAAACUUAGUUAAGUCCUUCUCAAUUACACCAAAACAAAACAAAGGCCGUCAAUGAUAAGCGUUAAAUAUGUUCAAUUUUCCCCAAAAAUUAUUCUUCUUCAGGUUGACACAAAAAACAUUUAAGAGAAUAAAUCAGUUCAGCUUCUCCUUAUAAUAAAUAAAGAACAAAAACCUUAUACAGUGAAAACUCUUAAACACAUGUAGAAAAUUUAUGCAAAAGUGGGCAUCAUUGAUAAGAACUUUUAAGCAUAAGAAAUAAGCGUUUCAACAACGUUUGGUGUCUAUUAUGAUAAGCAUUAAUGUAAAGAUUCUUUCACAAAUGAUUUAAUAUUUCAAACAAAAGAAAACAAAUGAAAUAUGGAAGUCAUUAAAGUUAAUUUCGUCUAAAUUUCCUUCCGUAAAUGUUGGAGGUUAAAACAGCAGUUAGGUCUCAUUAAGUUGUAACAUUUUAUUGACCGAACUUCUUUACAUAAUGUUACGUAAAUAAAAAAGUAAAGCCUCUUUAAACUUUCUUAUCACGUUUCAAUUGUAAAGGAAAUGAUUGCAAAUGUUCUCUUCAUUGGGUUCUAACUGUGAAAGCUCAAAGAAAUAAACCUUCAGGGAUAUGUUAUUCAUUAAAAUGAUAUGACAGCUGAGAAAUGAAUUGCUGCGGUCAAGUUAUGAUGAAAGUUAUAUUUUUAUAUGCAUACAUUAAUUCCUUUGUGUACUCUUGAGUAAAUAUUUUAUCAAACAUAUGUCUCACUUCCAUCAAGAAAGGAUUGUGCAAUGGUUUCAAGCAUUUUGUUUAAAUUCAUUUGGGAUGUCAAUGCGGAUGACGGAUAAAGACUGGAUAAACUCCGUUUCUUCGCGCACUUUUGAUCAUCUACAUCCAAAUGAAAGGAAAAUCAACUAAACAGUAUUCAUUAUUCGAUCGGUAAACACAUUGGAAGAUACUAAAAAGUAUAAAAUUCCAUAAGAAAAAUUAAAAUAAAAUGCAGAGCAAAAG